AUGCCCCGAGCACCACGUCUCCGCAGAUGCCCCCGAGUCUCGAACCUUCGCCAGAGGAGACUGCAGGCAGUCGACUCAAAUACGGAUUUACAAGCAGAGAGCUACAGGAGUGCCACACCAGCGUUGUCGUUGCCCAUCGAAGUAACCUGCGCCAUCUUCGAGAUGGCCGUCGGGCCUUCACCUUUUUUCACGGGAGGAGAACCUCUGCCAGGCAACGAGGCCAUCGCCAUCUCUCAAGUAUGUAAAAAGUGGAGAGGCAUCGCUCUCGACUACACGCCACUUUGGACGAUAUUCGCGUACUCGGACAAAGGUCCUAUGGGAAACCUCUGCCAGGGUAUGAUUCUUCAGCGACUCCAGUUGCACCUCGAUCGUUCGCGCGGGCAACCCAUCGACUUCUGGGUCAACACACCGGAGCCUGAUAUGUCAGAUCUUCUGUAUGAUGCUUUCACCCAGCACAUGAGCUAUUGGCGACGUGUGGCUUUGCAGCUGAACCCAAGUGGCGCUGGAGUAUCCGAGAGGAUCGCCCAGCCCGACUUCGCACCGAACUUGGAAGCGUUCGCGAUGGCUCACAGCCACCCAGAUGCGAUUCCGCAUUUCCCUGUUCCCGGAUUCAAGCUUAACGCGCCCAAUCUGGCAACCCUCCGUAUGGAUUUCAGGGCAUUCAAGACCUGGGCGCCACCCACAACGAUUACUCACCUAGACAUAGACCAGUGGUCCUCUGCCGACUCGGCCUGCUUACCCUGGUCUACAUUCCUCGACAUAAUCUCGUCUCCUACCUUGACGAACCUUACCAUCCGUGCUCUCACAGAAGGAGGAGUUAUGUUCGACGAGCCAGCCAGUACUGACAUCGCGCGGAGGGUCGUUACGAAUCUUGAACACCUUCAUUGCAGUGAACCUCUUGUGGCGCAAGAGAUGUGGGGUUUUAUUCAUCGCGCACCCUGUCUACAAGGAAUAUACUUCGACUCCCUAGGUCUUCGCUAUAAAUGGAACAUCCGGCAAGCCGUUGAGCGUAGGGGGAACAACCUAUUCGGCAAAAAUUACGACCUCAGGUUCCCCGUUCUCAGGAGCAUGUCAAUGACGGAUUGCCGUAUUACCAGGCCCGACUUGGAAUGUCUCGCAAAAAUGACGCCUCGUGUAAUCGUCCUUGGGGUAUUCACGGUUCUGACCAAGACGGAAGGAAGGCCAGUCGAUGUCCUCAUGUCCCGAAAGGAAAGGAGCGGAGAACACAUUAUUUGGCCGGAACUAGGACGCAUCAGCGUGAACAUCAAGGGUCUCGAGCAAGCCCAGUACGAUUCAUACUCGGAAUUCCUUCUGGGUCGUUCGGAGAUGAUGAAACUUUGCAGGCUGUCGCUUUGCAGGUCCGAAGCAGAACGCUGGCAGGAACAGGACGCAAAAAGCUGGCAAAAGCUUAUAGACGCAGGGGUUGUACGUGAUACCGCUAAAAGGAUCACGGAGGAAUGCAGCUGA